UGGCUCAGCGGCGCGCGGAAGGGGCCUGCAAGGGGCCGGUCUCUGCAGCUCACCGCGCCGCCUCCAGCCCGGCCCCGGCCGCUCGCUGCCUAGUGAGCGCGACCAGGCUGCAGCCUCCUUCGGGCCGCGCGGCGGUGACGUGAGGAGCGGCGAGGCUCCAGCGCGCUGCGGGCUUGCUCAGUGCGCGCUGGGCCGGCGCGAUGGUGCCGGGGCCUGAGGGCAGCGGCUCCGCCGGCUGCUUCCCCUCCCCGCCUCCUGCUUCUAGCUAACGGGCGCCUGAGAGCCGGGACCCGCGCUGUGUGCGCAGGGCCGAGCCGCAUAUUGCCUUCAGGAAAUGGCCUCUUCUAAAUUUUUGCUGAAUCUUCUAACCUUCACAUUUGGAUCAACAAUAGGAUUUUUCACAUGUUACAUGCUAUUUAGCAUAGUGUUGGAAAAACAGGUUGAGAUCCAACCUAAUAUUCUUCACAAUGAUCCCCAUGGUGAACACUCAGAAGAAACUGGAAGUGAUCAGCUGGAAGGACAAAUGAACUUCAAUGCUGAUGCUGGGCAGCAUCAAGAUGAGAACAAAAAUAUUGCAGAAGGACUGUAUCAGAAGGUGAAAAUACUUUGUUGGGUGAUGACUGGGCCUCAGAAUCUAGAGAAAAAAGCCAAGCAUGUUAAGGCAACUUGGGCCCAGCGUUGCAAUAAAAUACUAUUUAUGAGCUCUGAGGAGAAUAAAGACUUUCCAGCUGUGGGACUAGAAACCAAAGAAGGCAGGGACCAACUGUACUGGAAAACUAUUAAAGCCUUCCAGUAUGUACAUGACCAUUAUAUUGACGAUGCUGAUUGGUUUAUGAAAGCAGAUGAUGACACAUAUGUUAUACUGGACAACUUGAGAUGGCUUCUUUCAAAAUACAAUCCUGAACAACCAAUAUACUUUGGAAGAAGGUUUAAGCCUUAUGUGAAACAGGGCUACAUGAGUGGAGGAGCAGGAUAUGUACUGAGCAAAGAAGCUCUAAGGAGAUUUGUUAAUGCAUUUAAAACCAACAAAUGUUCUCAUAGCUCUUCUAUUGAAGACCUAGCACUCGGAAAAUGCAUGGAGAAUAUUAAUGUAGAAGCUGGAGAUUCAAGGGACACAAGUGGUAAAGAAACUUUUCAUCCCUUUGUGCCAGAACAUCACUUAAUCAGAGGAUAUCUACCUAGAACAUUUUGGUACUGGAAUUAUAAUUAUUAUCCUCCGAUAGAGGGUCCUGGAUGCUGCUCUGAUCUGGCAAUUUCAUUCCACUAUGUUGAUCCCACAACUAUGUACCAGUUGGAAUACUUGAUUUAUCAUCUCCGACCAUAUGGUUACCUAUACAGGUACAAUCCUGACUCUCUCAAGAAUCUAGAAAAGCAAAUGAAAAGCAAAGCAAUGGAUAAUGAUGCAGAAAGCUCCUGAAACUGAAUCAGACUUCUACUCAAUAAUAAGAUGUGGAACAAUGCACUGAAAGAAGUAUCAUGGAGUGAAAAGCAACUACAUCUAGCUCAGACAGGACUCUGGAAUUGCUAGUAGUAAUUCAUUUGAAUUUUAAAAGUUCUGUGUUGAGGGUCUUCCUCUGUGACUGCAAACUACAGGUUUCAUUGUGCAGUUCUUAUUCGUGGGGAUAGUGGGACUUUUCACAUGUUAGGACUGCAGAAUCAGGCCCUAAAGCUUUUAUGUGAUCUGUGAAAUCUGUUGAGGUGGCUUUGUUACAAAUUCUUCAUGUUUAUAUUAUUGUAUUAAAACAAAUGGAUGGUGGUGAGGCUCAAGCACGAUUAUACAGUAUUUUCUAGUCAUUAUUUUUCUUUUUGCCCCAGUUCCCAUUAUUUUGGAUAAGUACUAAUGUUAGAAAUCCUGGGCUACAUAGGUUCAUCACUUUGAGAUGGUGAUGAUACUGGAGAAAUUUGACAUGAAGUAACUUGGCUGAAAAGAGAGAGAAAAAAGUCUUCAAAACCACUACUGCCUUAAAAACAGACUUUAAAAUAUUUGGUGUAAUUAGUAAUAUUCUGCCUAUUUAAUGUCAAAAUCUGAAUUACUUCCCAAAUGAAAUGAACUUGUUACUCUUGGCCCCCUUCAUAAACGUCCCCCAAGAUACUACUAUCUGUUCCACAAAACCACCACCCAGUUGGCUUGUGCUAAUUGGCAAAAAGCCCAGGAAUAGCAAGGCUAUACAUCUUGGAGUAUGUUGAAGAUGUGUGGAAACUUGCAUACCUGCCCACUCUAUGCCUUUUGGUGUGUACUCCUGGCUUGAAUGGGCACAAAAUUCAUCCAAAAGCUUUUUAAUGUACACAUGAUAGAAAUAAACCCCUUAUAAGUGCAAUUUCCUCCCCUUGUAUUCAUUCUGUAAGCCAAAAAUGUUUGUGUGAUAACACUACAGUCAUACAAUAAAUACUUGUUGUAGACAGCCAGGCGUUUAUGCACUAGCGUACAGUAAUUUCCAGAUUCACCCAGUGCUACUAUUAGUUUAUUUCUAUUUAAUUUACACAUUGCUUUACUGUAGGGUUUUUUUUGCGGGGGGGAGGGGGAGGAGGGUUCUUUGUUUAUGGAAGUGAUCUGGCACCCAAAAAAGUACUAUUUUAAAUCACAGUGUAGGUUCUCUACUGUGUUCUCUACUAUGAUUUUUUUGAAUGUUCCCUACAAAUUUAAUUUUAUUUGGCUGCAAUAUGUAGUUCCACCUCUCUCUGAGGGUUUUGUCUGGUUUAUAGUGUGGCUUUUUUCUCUGCCUUCAGUUUAAGAUUUUCAUAUGUCAUUUUACAUGCUCUUUAUUGUCUGUCUUGUGAAUGUGUUGCACAGUUAUUCAGGUAAGCCAACCUGAAUGCAAGAACCCUUUCAAAAAGUGCAUUUAUUUCAUCCACUACCUGGCUAUGGGGAGUAGCUCUAUGCCUAAUUAGCUAAAAAGGAUCCACUUGUUAUCUGUGAGAGUGACACAGAUUAUCAAUAUAUUAAAAUGCAAUCAGAGGUUACACCAACUAUAGAUUUUUGCUCUUGUGAUCAAUAUAGUAUAUACAUCAUUAACCCAAUUUUAUGUUCUGCCUAGCUUGACACAUUGGUUGUCUUUGGUCCUCAGUUUCACAAAAGCCUCUUUAUCACUUCUUUGCUGGUUUUCAUCUUCAUCAUAUUUGGUGAGUGUGGCCAAAACCUUACUUCCCUUAGCCAGUGUUUUGAUGAGGUCAUAUUACUGGUUGUGAAUGGCUUUACUAAAAUGGUUACCACUGUUCUCCUGAGGAUGUUGCUAGGAGGUUUUGGGAGACUCUGGAGUAGUUUAUCUGACUUUGAGAGACACUAAACAUUAUUUGCCAACAAACAUCAUGACUGACUUAUCUAUUUUCUUCUGUUCUGUCUUGUGACAUGAUGCCAAUAACCACAGUAUCUCAUGAAUGUGAAGUAAACAUAGCCACGUUUGCUGCUCCUCAGUGUCUGAACAUGGGAUAUAUUUAUGUUCCCUACUACCACUGAUGUUACCAUAUAGUGAUUGUUUAAUUAUUUCAUAUUUAAAUCUAAAUAUUUUGAGUAUUUUUCACUAGCAGGAUUGCCUCACACAUAGGCUGGAAGGGGUAGGAGCUUUCAUGUGUGCUGUGAAUUGACCUUUAGAACUCUUUAAAGUUUGAACCUGUUGGAUGAUUGAAAAGCUGUGCUUUUUAUGAGAGACUAUGCUGAUGCUGGUCCAGAGGAGAAUAUUUAUCAUUUGUGUUUCAGCUGAACUGUAGAAGGUGAUUAAGCUUAGCAAGGUAUUCCCAUGUGAGAGUCACUCAUUAGACUAACAUUAGGUCAGAUAUGAGAUACAGUCAAUAGGAUUGCUAAAUCAAUAUGCUAUAAAAGCACUGACAGCUAUAGUGAUUAAUAUAUUAUUCAGAUUCUUGGCUAAAUGAUUUUCUUAACAGCUGAUGGUGCAUUUAAUCUACAUUUAACAAGUUGAUGGUUUUGAUUUUAAAUUCUGUAUACUCGGCCAAUGUAAAAGACCUACUGAAUUGUAAAUCUAUAGUUCCUCACUACCCUUCUCUUCCCUCACUCUCCUUCAGCGUCACCCAUUGACCUAUAACAAAAAAGGAACUUCUCAGCUUGUGGUGUAGGCAGCCAAUGUUGUAGUGAAUUGGGUAGACUGUGUCUGAGAAAUGCAAAUACACUUCUCCAAUAAAGUGUUAGCAAGGAUACUUCAGAAAGCGUUUAGUACAGGGGUGGGCAAACUACAGCCUGGGGGCCACAUCCAGCCCUUCAGACAUUUUAAUCCGGCCCUCGAGCUCCUGCUGGGGAGCGGGGUCCGGGGCUUGCCACACUCUGCACAUGCUGUGACUCUGCAUGGCUCCCAGAAGCAGCGGCAUGUCCCCUCUCCGGCUCCUACGCAUACGGGCAGCCAGGAGGCUCCACAUGCUGCCCCUGUCCCAAGCGCCACCCCUGCAGCUCCCAUUGGCGGGGAACCGCUGCCAAUAGGUGCUGCAGGGGCGGUGCCUGCGGACGGGGAAGCGUGCAGAGCCACCUGGCCGGGCCUCCAUGUAGGAGCCGGAGGAGGGGAUAUGCCGCUACUUCUGGGACCUGCUUGAGGUAAGCGCUGCCCGAAGACUGCACCCCGGACUCCUUCCUGCACCCCAACCCCCUGCUCUAGUCCUGAUUCCCCUCCUGCCCUCUGAGCCCCUCCACCCUCCUGCACCCCAAACCCCUCAUCCCCAGCCCUGAUCCCCCUCCUGCCCUCUGAGCCCUUCGGUCCCAGCCCAGAGCACCCUCCUGUACCCCAAACCCCUUAUCCCCAGCCCCACCCCAGAGCCUGCACCCCCAGCUGGAGCCCUCACUACCCCCCCCGCACCUCUGCCCCAGUCCAGAGCCCCCUCCCAUACCCUGAACUCAUUUCUGGCCCCACCCCAGAGCCCUCACCCUCUCCUGCACCCCAACCCCCAAUUCCAUGAGCAUUCAUGGCCUGCCAUACAAUUUCCAUACCCAGAUGUGGCCCUCGGCCCAAAAUGUUUGUCCACCCCUGAUUUAGUAUCUGGCUAAGAAGGCUUCUGUCUCUACCCUUCACCACAUAUGCCCGGAAAGGAGAACAGGAGGUUUUGCCUUCCAGUAUCACUGAUUGAGAAGUAUUGACUUGACUUUAUUGUAAAUUUUUCUAAAACUGUUGUGUUUUUCUGUCAAACUCCAGUAUCAUUAUGGAAACAAAAUGAAUUGUAUGUAGGGAUUAUUAACUUGUUUUUUACUUUUAUAGUUUUCCAAACGUGGCUACCUAAUAAACUUUUAUGAUUGCUUUUAUCAGAGGGGCUUUCAACAUUGCAGCCUCCUUGUAUAGUGUUCUACACUUGUAAGCCACUGAUUUCAGUGUCAUGUCGUCACUUUAAGAGCAAGCACAUAGUAAAUUGAGUACUUCUGCCGCCCAGGCAAGCUACUACAAGGAAUCCUUCCUUAAUUGAUGAAUUGCUUUUCUUAGAAUAUGCCUUGGAAGUGCAGGGGCACAGGAUGCCUUAUGCCACAGUGCUUAUUACUCUUGAUUUUUAAUUUUAAAAAAGUCUGACAGAAUUCUGUAGCCACAAUGUAGUGAUUGAAACAAUCCAAUCAUGUAAUUCUAAUCUAAAUUUCUUUAAGAAAAUUACUUGGCAGUAAAUUUUCUACAAUCCCUGGGGUUUAUACUGAGAGUCAGACAUGGGUUUUGUUCUUUUAAUAGGCUUCUUAAUAUUUUAAUUGCUUUGUUUUUCAGUACAUUCAUUAGACAUGCAUUAGUUUCCAGAGGUAUGACAGUAUUCUCAGAUUAUCCGAAGCUCUUACUUGUGGUCUGGUACUGAAUGUUACGUUUUCAGAGGAGUGACUCAAUUGAACUUUAUUUAAUCUGUUCACUCUUUGUUGUUGUUCAUUCAGUAUAGCAAUUUGCACUGUAUUUGUCUGCAUGAGUGGGUACACUCCCUUGUGAUACCUUGUCUGUCCUUUUGCUCAACUUUUCUUUCCCCUUUGAUUUUUUUUUCCCCCCUGGUCUUUCUGAGAACGCUUCUACAGCUCCAUCCAGUGAAGCAGUGUUCAAAUAAUCUUUUCACAGGUUGCUACUAGCUCUGUUAUGCUUUAAUAAGUGAAAGAAAGUUUCAGUGACUGCAUUUUAAAACUACUCCCAAAACAGCCAGGAGCCACCCUUUUAGUUUACGUACUCUGAUAAUCUGGAGAAGGAGGUGGCAUCUUGAUAAUUUAACUAUCAUUGAUAGUAAUGAUUUGGGUGUGCACGCACCAUGAUGAGAAUGGGACAAAGAGUCCUGUGGCACCUUAUAGACUAACAGAAGUAUUGGAGCAUGAGCUUUCGUGGGUGAAUGCCCACUUCGUCAGACGUCUGCCCAUGAAAGCUUAUGCUCCAAUACUUCUGUUAGUCUAUAAAAUGCCACAGGACUCUUAGUCUGGAUCUGUAAAAAGCAACAAACACGGCUACCCCUCUGAUACUUUACAUGAUGAGAAUAGUCACCUUAGUAUAGGACUAGGAAAUUAACCUUUCCAAUUUUUACUGUGGCAAGAAAAAAUGUGUGUGAACCCCAGCAGAUGUAGCAGCUCUUCAUCUUACUGUGUGUUGUGUUUAAAAUACUCUGCUAAAUGAACUGCAGCUGUUUGUGUGAAAAAAUAGUUGAAGGAAGACGCAUGUUGCUGAUGAGCAGUCUAUUCCAUUAAAAUCAGUGAAUGGUCUGGAAUUUGAGACAAGAAAAUAGUUUCAGUUGUGGUAGACAAUGGUUGGUGACUUACGUGUUUUGAAGUGAUCACCAUAAACAAAAGUUUAUUUUUAAAUAACUUCUUUGAAGUGCCUAUGACCAUUUUUUAGUAAUGAAUUUAAAGCGAUAACUGCAAAAAUAAAAUAAUUGAUCACACAUAAA